AUGUGGAUCAAUUGCGGGCGAUUAUCCGACUUCACACAGGCGCGCUAUGUGAUCCGCCUAACAACCGGCAAGAAACUCGUGUUGUUCCGCCUCCCAACAAUCGACCCAUCAAACCCGAAAACCAACGAGACAAGCGAUGGAUGGUCCUACUAUGCCAUGGAAGCCGAAUGUCCGCAUGCCGGCGGGCCGAUGGCCGAUUCCCAAGUCGACAUUGAAGACUCCGCAUAUGUCGCAUCAUGCCCGUGGCACGCAUACGAUUUCAACGUAGAGACUGGCGAGUCGAGUGUUGGGAUCAAGGCUUGUACGUUUCCCGUUGAUGUGAGCGGCGAGUUCGUUGCCUUGGAUUUCCCUGUUGAAGAUGGCGCGGUUGUUGGGUUGGAGAAGGUCGAGCCUGUUAGUGAGAAGGUCAAGUUGAAGCACUCGCGCCCUUCGGAUUCGCCUGCUGUUGCGGCUGUAACUGCUGCAGCUGCAGCUUUAACUUUGACACCCAAAGACCCCGGUAUGGUGAAAUACCUCGACGACGACGCUACGCUGUGCGAUUGGGCGGCACAUGUCCUUAAUACUGCCAACCCGGAACACAAGAUUGAACUCACGACGCAUCUGUUCACUAUUUUCGCCGAAAGAGAGACCUCGGACUCGCCUAUGCCGCUUGGUCAGGGUACAGUGCUUCCACCAGAUGAACCGCCACGGGAGGACCUGGAGACCGUCAACCCGGGCGCGAUGCCGAAGGCUGGUCGGGGCGGGACCUUGAAGAGCCGCGUUGCCAUGCUGCAUGCGCUAGCCAAUAUCGAACUCUGGGCCAUCGACUUAGCAAUCGACAUUUGCAUUCGAUUCGCGACUUUCCAAACAGAAGGCACAGAACAACAACUGCCGCGGACCUUCUUCCACGACUGGUUGAAAGUCGCCAGCGAUGAAGCAAAGCACUUCUCCCUCCUCCGCACUCGACUUGAAGAACUCGGCUCUGGCUUUGGUUCGUUGCCUGUGCAUCACAGUCUCUGGUACUCUGCGACGGAGACGGCUUACGACCUCCGCGCGAGAAUCAGUAUUAUCGCUCUUGUGCAUGAAGCCCGCGGUCUUGAUGUCAAUCCUAUGACCAUUGAGAAGUUCCGUAAAGCUGGUGAUGCGGAUAGUGUGCAAUCACUUGAGAUCAUCCAUAAUGAUGAAAUCACGCAUGUUACAACUGGUCACCGGUGGUUAACGUGGAUCUGUGCCCAGGAGGGAACGGACCCCGUUCAGGUCUUCCGAUCGAAUGUGCAGAAGCAUUUCCGCGGACCGAUCCGCGGGCCGUUUAAUGAGGAGGCUCGCCUGCAGGCUGGCAUGGACAAGCGAUAUUAUGAGAAUCCUGUUGCUGGUGAAGUGGCUGUGGCAUGA